AUGCUCAGGUAUGGAUUACAACCAUUAGAUGUUGGAGGAGGAGGAGAUUGUUUGUUUAAAUCAAUUUCUCAUCAAUUAUAUGGUGAUUCAAGUAAUCACUUAAAAAUCAGAGCUUUAGGAGUAAGAUAUUUGACUGACAAUCCUGAACGAUUUAUCGAAAGUGUGCAAGACACACCAUGGACUCAGUAUUUAUCGGAUAUGUCUAUGCAAGGCACAUGGGCUGAUAACAUUAUUAUACAAGCUGUUGCUGAUUCAAUGAAUUUAAAGAUUCAUAUCAUAGAAUCCAGUCAAAAUUUCAGGGAAAUGACCUUAAUUGAGCCAGCACAUAGUGAUUUAUUAGAAAACAGGAGAUCGAUAUAUAUUGGUCAUAUAGGUGAAACACAUUAUGUUUCAACAUGUUCAGUUGGCAAUAGAAUUGAAAUUAAUGACAACAGCAACCUACCAACCAGCCAAAAGUCAAACGAUACCAUUAGGCAAGAAAAGGCUGCAUAUAUGAAACAAUAUAGAAAGUCUACUGAUUCUCCUGAGAAGAAAGCUAAAAUUAAUGAGUGUCAAAAAAAUCGCAAAAGAAAUUUAGUAUCUCCAGAGCAAAAAGCGAAGAAAAAUGAAUAUGAACGAAAUCGUAGAGCAAGUCUAGCAUCGCCAGAGAAAAGAGCUAAGAAAAAUGAAUAUGAACGAAACCGUAGAGCAAAUUUAGUAUCUCCAAAGCAAAAAGCCAAGAAAAGUGAAUAUGAACGAAAUCGUAGAGCAAGUCUAGCAUCGCCAGAGAAAAGAGCUAAGAAAAAUGAAUAUGAACAAAAUCGUAGAGGAAAUUUAGUAUCUCCAGAGAUGAAAGCUAAGAAAAAUGAAUAUGAACGAAACCGUAGAGCAAAUUUAGUAUCUCGAGAGAAAAAAGCUAGGAAUAAUGAAUAUCAAACGACUUACAGAGCAUCAAAUAAGAAUAUAUCUAUCAAUUUUUCAAUUAAAAGAUUCCAUGAAAUAGUGAAGCAAGGUCCAGUGUACAUAUGUACUUGUUGUGACCAGUUGUGGUAUAGACAUAGUGUUGUUAAAACAGACAAACUUAGACAAUCCAAUCCUGAUAUCACAAAGUAUUUGUGUGAUAAAAGCAGUGUUGAUAACAAAGAGUGGAUCUGUAACACUUGCAAGAAUCAUUUGAUGAAAAACAAGGUUCCACCAUGUGCUAUAGCUAAUGGUAUGUCUUUUCCAGUAAAACCAGAUUUCUUUGACUUGAAUGAAUUAGAAUGUCGAUUACUUGCACCAAGGAUUGCAUUUCAAAAGCYAAUGCAAGCUCCUAGAGGUAGACAGCUAAAAAUUCAUGGCAAUAUUGUAAAUGUACCUGCUGAUGUGACUCAUACAGUAAGCAUGUUACCACGGUUACAAAGCCAGACUGCUACUAUCAAAGUAAAUUUAAAGAGAAAACUGCAGUUUAAAAGUUCAGCACUAUCUUUAAAUAUAAGACCGCACAAAGUCAUCCAAGCAGCAAAAUGGUUAUUGACUAAUAGCACUUUAUACAGAGAUGAAGGGAUAGUAUUUGAUAGUGAUUGGUUUAACAAAUACAGUAUUGAAGCUGCAUGUGAUAAUACUGACAAUGAUGAUAACUUUCAAUUACAAUCAGAUGAAAGUAAUGUCACUAAUGAUAUCACUGGUGAAAACCUAGAUGAUAAUGAUAAUGAAGACCAAGCUGAAUUACCUGCUGGUGUAACUGAUACUUUGUUCACUGCAACAGACUUUUUAGAAGAUAAUGAACGGCAAAAUAUUCUUAAUGUUGCUCCUGCUGAAGGUAAUAGACCAUUGAGUGUUUUUAGAGAUAAGUACUGUGAGGAGUUAGCAUAUCCUGGAAUAUUUCUUGGACAAGCACGACCAGAAAUCAAACAGAGAAAAGUCAAAGUUACUUAUAGUGAUAUUUGCAAAUCAGAAUUAAGACGAUCAGAUAGACGAGCUGCCAUGUGCAUUGAAAAUAUUUUCUAUAAAACAAAGAAGCUGCAAAUGAAAAUCCUUUUAGGAAAGUCACAUAUUGCUCUUAGAAAAUGCAAAGGAAAUAAUAAAAAUAUUAAUGCAGGACAAUUAAAACACCAAGGAGCUUUAGACAAAUUAAUCCGUCAUGAUGAAGGGUAUAAAUUUCUUAAUGCAUUGAGAGGUUCACCUCCAUAUUUUGAAAAGGCUAAAAGGGAUUUAUUUGCCAUGAUAAGACAGCUAGGUCCUGCUACAUUGUUUUGUAGUUUCUCAUCAGCUGAAACUCAGUGGUUACAUUUACUUAGAAUCCUUGGAGAACUAGUUGAUAAGAAGCAAUAUACUGAUGAACAAAUAGAGAAUUUUAAUUGGGAGGAUAGAUGCCGAUUAAUUCAAAGUGACCCUGUAACAUGUGCUAGGCAUUUUGACUUUCAGGUAAAUCAAUUUCUGACAAACUUUCUAUUGAGUUCUGCUGAACCUUUAGGUAAAAUAUCUGACUGGUUUUAUAGAGUUGAAUAUCAACAAAGAGGAUCACCUCAUAUACAUAUGUUGAUAUGGCUUGAAGGAGCUCCACAGUUUCAAGUUGAUAGUGAUGAGGAAGUCACAGCAUUCAUUGAUAAAAUCAUCUCCUGUCAUAAACCAGUAGAUAAUCCAGAAUUAUUGAAUCUUGUCAAUAGACAGAUACAUAGACAUUCACAUACAUGUCGUAAAAAUACAACCAGUCCUUGUAGAUUCAAUUAUCCACAACCUCCAAUGACGCAAACAAUGAUAAUUAAUCCGCUGGACAAAGAAACACCAGAUACUGAAACCAAAAUGCAUAAAAGUAAUUGGAAGUCUAUUAAAAGCUAUUUGAAUGACCUCAAGGAAGAUGAAGAUAUGUCAGUUGAUCAGUUGUUGGUUAAUUUGAACAUUACAGAAGAAAACUAUUUACUUGCUAUUAGCUCCUCUUUAAAUACUCCUACAGUGUUUUUAAAAAGAAACCCUAAUGAAGUCCGUAUAAACAAUUAUAAUCCGGCGUGUCUUACUGCAUGGAGAGCUAACAUGGACAUACAGUUUGUAUUAGAUGUGUAUGCAUGUGCAGUAUAUAUAGUGAAUUACAUAUCAAAAGGUCAAAAAGGUAUGAGUGAACUAUUGAGACAAGCAUGUACUGAAGCUAGACAGGGAAAUCAUAACAUAAAACAGCAGGUUAGAGAUAUUGGAAGUAAGUUCCUCAAUAAUGUUGAAAUAAGUGCACAAGAAGCAGUAUAUAUUGUCUUACAAUUACCUAUGAGGAAAGCAUCCAGGCAAAUCAUAUUUAUAAAUACUUCACCUCCUGAUGAAAGGGUGGAGCUUUUAAAACCAAUGGAUGAUAUUAAAAAUAUGGAGGAUGACAAUGAAGAAAUCUAUACUAGUGGUUUGCUUAAAAGAUAUUGUAAACGUCCAAAAAAACAUGAAGAUUUGACACUCGCAGAUUGGGCUGCAUGGUAUGAUAAUUCUAAUAUGAAACCAUAUGUAAAAGAAACAAAUGAAGUGGACAUUGAUGGCCUUCCCUUGGAAAACUUUAUUGAUGAUAAUCAAAAUGAGGAUGAUGAUGGAUGCUCAAAUACAUCAAAUUCUAAGACUAAUAAAAAAAGAACUAAAGCUCGGAUAAUAAGAAGUGUAUGGUUUAAUGUGCAAACUGAACCAGAAAAACAUUAUCGUGAGCUCUUAAUGCUUUUUACACCAUGGAGAAAUGAAGAGACUGACUUACUAGGACAUUUUUCAUCAUAUCAAGACCGAUGUAUAUCAGUCUCUAAUAUGAUCAAAGAACAAAUGAAGCAAUAUGCUGUUUGUAAUGAAGAUUUUAAUGAAAUACAGCAGGAUAUGAGUAGAAUAGAGGAUAGGUAUGAUGAAAUAGCACCUAAUACACAGAGUAUUGAACAACAGGAUCAAGCUAAAGGUGAUCAGGACUUACAUCCUGAUUUUUCAGGGAACUAUAAUUUAUCAGAUGAUUUAGGCAUACCAUCAGUUGAUAAUACUGAACCACUCACAAUGAAUGAACUCCCAGAUGAUGAAUAUAGACAUAUGGUUCAGACAUUGAAUAAGGAGCAGAAGGAGUUUUUCUAUCAUGUAUUGCAUUUAAUAAAAACAUCUGAGGAAGCAUUUUAUUGUUUUCUAAGUGGUGGUGCAGGUGUAGGUAAAUCACAUGUUACUAAAGCCUUGUAUCAAGCUGCUUUGAAAUAUUAUAACACCAGACCAGGUAUUAACUUUAAUGAAUUAAAAGUAUUGAUGCUAGCACCUACUGGUAAAGCAGCAUAUAACAUUAAGGGAAAUACUAUUCAUAGUGCUCUAUCAAUACCAGCAUGUCAAUCAUUAAGGAGAUAUAAAAGUCUUGAUUCAAGCAGAAUGAACACAAUAAGAUGUCAGCUUGGUGGGAUUAAACUUAUAUUCAUUGAUGAAAUAUCAAUGGUAGGGAAUACAAUGUUCACUGUCCAAAUAUAUAAUAGACUAAAAGAUAUCAAAGGAAGCUCGCUACCAUUUGGUGGUGUUAGUAUUGUUGCUAUAGGAGAUUUAUUCCAACUACAAGUCAGGUCAGACGAUGAGUCUGCUACUGUUUGA